UGAAGGCUCUUCAGGCAAGAUGAAAGUCGAUGGCAUGAAGGACUUAUUUUCAAGAUCUAUCGAAAAACAUGAAGUGAAAUAUGUUAACUACAUCGGUGAUGGCGAUUCGAAAACGUAUACUGGAAUAAUAAAUUCGAAACCGUACGGGGAUGACUGUGAAAUUACAAAAAAAGAGUGCGUAGGUCAUGUCCAAAAGCGCAUGGAAACACGCCUUCGCGAAUGUAAAGAAAAAAAUCGUGAUAUCGGUGGAAAUAACAAAUUGACUGCUAAGUUGAUAGACAAACUAACCGUCUACUAUGGCUUAGCUAUUCGAAGACAUAGUGAUUGUAAGGACGAUAUGAAAAAAGCAAUAUGGGCAACUUUUUACCACUACAGCUCAACAGAUGAUAACCCUCAACAUGGAUAUUGCCCUGAAGGCGCCGAAUCGUGGUGCAAGUGGCAAAAAUCAAAAGCUGCAGGAACACUCAGUGAUUUUAAACAUGACUAUUCGGCGUUACCAGAAAUUGUGUUGAAAGCCAUUAGACCGAUCUAUCAAGAUCUAAGUGCGGACAAAUUAUUGGAGCGCUGUGUUGGUGGUUAUACACAGAACAGUAACGAAAGUUACAAUCAAUUAGUCUGGAAAAUUGCUCCAAAAAUAACACACAGCGGGGCCACAAUUGUCGAGAUUGCUGCAUUAUUAGCAACUUGUACAUUCAACAAUGGAGUCAGAUCACUUCUACAAGUAAUGAAUGUCAUGGGGAUUUCAGUAGGACGGAAUGCGCACUUGUACGCAGCAUGCGAAGAUGACCGCCGCAUAGUGCAAGCCGAGUUGCGGGCGCAGGAAACAUCGAAAGAAGGACGAUUACGGCGUCGUCAACAAAAUUUAGAUGAUAUGGGGAUUCCAAGCAAGGUGGAGGACUUGUAUUAUAGACCUGGAAUCGAUGAUUCUAUAUGAAAUGGGAGUGGUCACCGCGGAGGACCUUUUUUUGCGACAGUCGACAGAACCCAAGAAUACUCCGCCAAUAUUGAAUAUUUUUUAAUAAAAAAAUUUAACAUAGUC